AAAGUAUGAUAUUGUGGUAUUAAUAAAAUAUAAAUACUUCUAUUAAAUUGAGUUAUGUUUAUAUAUUUAUAAUAUCGAAAGAAGAAUUUCAACGAUUUCAGUCGUAAUAAGGAUCUUGUUUUAUCUUUAAAUCAUACAACUUUAAUCAGGAACACCAUGGCUGCAACGACAGAAAGCAGAAACGGAUUAUCUGAAGUUGCGGAAACGGCGAAAGAAUUUCAAGACUUUACAGAUCUUAUCGGUACAUUUGGAAGAUGGCAGAAGAUUUUAUUCGGUAUAUUCGCAUGGUCUAUCAUUGUAUCGGCAAUGAACUUUUUAAAUUGGCCCUUCUUGGCAUACAAAGUGGAUUAUUGGUGCGCGAGAACACCGAAAUACAUGAACGUGUCCGUGGAAGAGUGGAAAAAUAUCAGCGCACCUCUGGAGAUCAGAAACGGGAGAACAACACAUAGUCGAUGUGAAGUAUACGAUACUGACGAUGAAAAAUAUGGAAAGAACUUUUCAAAGAUUCCUUGUCGCUCGUGGGAAUACGAUCAUUCACAAUAUAAAAACAGUGUCAUUGAAAAGUGGAAUUUAGUUUGUGAAAGUUCUUGGUUAAGUUCUCUUUCUGGUUCUUCUUUCUUCGUGGGAUUCCUCGUGUCCGCUAUUGUAUCUGGACAGAUAUCCGAUAGAUAUGGCAGAAGACCAGUGAUAACAUGGAGUCUCGUGCUUCAUAUAACCUUUGGGAUUCUUUGUUCAUUUUCUCCAUAUUAUUGGAUGUUUACUGUAUCUCGUUUCUUCUUAUCUGCAGGAAUCACAGCCUGUAAUCUUACGUUUUAUGUAUACGUUAUGGAAGUGGUCGGACCAAGCUACAGAGAAAAGGUAAUAGUGAGUCAGUGUCUCUUUUUUUCCGUGGGGAUGUUUCUACUUUCCGGAGUAUCUUGGUUCCUGAAAAAUUGGACUUAUAUUCAAUUAUGCUGCACUCUGCCAUCUAUUAUAAUACUCCUGUUCAUCAGUUAUAUACCGGAGUCUCCGAGAUGGCUGCUAACUCACGGUCGACUACGUAAAGCAGAGAACGUUAUACGAAACAUAAUGGAAAAGAAUAAAAGACACCCCGAGCACUUAACCGAAAUUAUUGAAGAACUUUAUUGGAAGAUUAGAACGAAUGAUCAGAAAAAGAAAAUGAACUUUUUGCACUUGAUCAAAAAUAAAGAGUUACGCAAGAUUACUUUCCUCAUGUACAUCUUAUGGUUAGUAAUAAUGUUUGACGGCUAUGCAUUAGCAUUGAAUGCAGAUAUCACAGGAGGAAACAUCUUUCUUUUAUUCGCCUUAUUUGCCUCAUUACAAUGUUGUGUUUCUGGUGUGUUGAACAUUAUUUUACCUCGCUUUGGAAGAAAACGUAUUUUGAUGUUUGGAUAUUUUUCAACAGGCAUCACCUCGUUACUAAUAACAGCUGUUCCAGACGAUCUUAUAUGGCUGAGGAUUGUCUUCACAGUGUUAAGCAGAUGCUGCAUGGUUCUUGCAAUAAACACAAUAUAUGGAUUUACUUCAGAAUUGUAUCCGACUGUAGUUCGUAACGUGGGUAUUGGAUCGUGUUCUACGAUUGCCAGAAUCGGAGCGAUCGCUGCACCUUUUAUGAAGGAUCUUAGUGAAAAGAUAUACUGGAGCAUUCCGUUUAUUAUAAUAGGAAUAUUGACUCUUACAUCUGGUUUGUGCAUUGUGCCUUUACCCGAGACCAAAAGUAUUCGAUUAAACGAUACCGUUGUCAAUGAUACAGUAGAAAAUGAAGAGGAAUAAAAAGAAAAACACAUAGACCAGAAAAAUGAAGAACAUUCAACAAUUUCCUCAUUUUAAAGUAGUAAUGUUAAAAACAUGUACUAAAGAUUACACGAGAAACACCAUUUUACAUGGAAAAGUUAUUUAUUUAUGGUGAAAAGAAAUAAAUUAAUUUUAGUGGCCAUUAGGAUUGCCAAAAAGGUCUUUGAAUAUAAACAAGAUUUAAAUAUUAAUGAAUAAACAA